GCGGUGCCAUCGUGACAUGCGCACUGGGCGGUGUUGUUGCCAGUUUGUUAUGACAAGCCGAGGCCUUGGAUUCAAUCGAGAGUUUUUUUUCUUCACUUGAGGCAAAGUAACGAUGGAGGGUAUGGACCUGGACGUAGACCAGGAGCUAAUGCAGAAAUUUAGCUGCAUGGGCACCACAGACAAAGAUAUUCUCAUAUCGGAGUUCCAGAGGCUCCUCGGCUUUCAACUUAACCCCGCCGGAUGCGCCUUCUUUUUGGACAUGACCAACUGGAAUUUACAAGCAGCCAUUGGAGCCUAUUAUGACUUUGAGAGUCCUAAUAUCAGCGCACCAUGCAUGUCCUUAGUGAAAGAUGUGACGAUUGGUGAGGGUGAAUCAGUUCCACCUGACACACGUUUCACGAAGACCUGGAGGAUACAGAACACAGGUGCAGAGUCGUGGCCUCCAGGGGUUUGCUUGAAGUAUGUUGGAGGAGAUCAGUUUGGUCACGUAAACAUGGUAACGGUACGGUCACUAGCCCCUCAGGAAAUGACGGAUGUGAGUGUGCCGAUGCACAGCCCCGUGUCCCCUGGGAUGUACCAGGGCCAGUGGAGGAUGUCUACAGCCACUGGACUCUACUUUGGAGAUAUCAUAUGGGUGAUCCUGAGCGUGGAGGUCGGAGGGCUCCUUGGCGUGACACAGCAGCUGUCGUCUUUCCAGGCGGAGUUUAACACCCAACCUCACCGCAAUCUGGAGGGAAACUACAACCCCUUCGCCUCACCGGAGAGAAGCAAGUGGCCCAACAGCAACACCACCAGCCUCCACCAUGACGGUGGCCAUAAAGUCUCAGAAGAACACUGGCAGGGAAGCCCGGAACAGCAGCAGCAAGACCAGAACGGACUCUCACACAACUCUGUGGACUUAGUAGCAAACAGCCUACAAAGCAAUCUGUCAAUAGUCUCUUAUAACCAGGGUUUACAGGAGCCCUCCCCUUUUGGCCACUCUUAAAUCCCAGGACUUGUUUCAAAGAAUCUGCAGCGAUAAGCACCUCUGGAGCCGACCGCGUAAGAGGAGGAGGAGGCUUUAUCAGCUGUCGCAGGAGAGUCUGGAAUCACUUUAUGCAAAGCAGCUCUACUCUGCAGCAGAGGUUUCACGACCGCUUGUGUGUGCGUGAGAAUGCUAAGUUAAACAUUUAGUGCUACGAGUCUUUGGAGUGAUUUUUUUUUUUCCAAAAUGUUUUUAGUUGUCUGAGUGAAGAGCUGCGUGUUUUCAUUAAAUUGUGUGUGCGUAUACAUGCAGGUGUGUGUGAGAGCUGAAAGAAACUUUGGAGAAAAAGCCAUGUUUUGCCAAGUUAUUCUCCAGUUUCUGCUCCAAUUCAUUGAUUGAUUGGGUUCUAGACAAGUUCCCUUUAAGAAAGUUAAAAAAAAAUAAAAUACAUGUCUUAUUUUUUUACAAUAUACAGCUUAUAGGUGAAAUAGUAUUUUACAGAAAGCAUGGCAACUCAAGUCAGGUUGUAUACUCUUUUUUGUUUUGUUUUGUUUUGUUUUUUUGUUUUCCCCCCUCUAUCAAGGUUCCUUCAUCUGAUUUUGAGCAAUAUUCACUGCUAUCCUGCAGUAAAAUGCACUACAAUUGUCGUCCACUGGAGGGUAUCACCUCCACUUCUUUAGCUGUACAAACUCACACUUAUUAAAACUCAUUUUAUUGCAGCUGGUAGAGGUGGCUACAUUCAAACUACAUUAUUGUAUCAUAAUAAUAUUUUAGUCCUUUGGGAUGCCUCUUACUGUCCAAACAGGACAUUCUAGGAAUACUAAACUGGAAGAAAAAGUGAAUAAACCUGAAUAUGAAAACAAUUAGAUGUCAUAAGAAUAUUCAAAUACAGAAGUGCGCUAUCAAAGUUUGUGAGAUAUAUUUCUGAAAUGAAAACCAGAGUUUGCAUAUCCAAUAAUAGGUAUAUUUACUUUACCAACAAUGUUGUUUAAAAGUACAUUAUUGACACAGUCAGAUUCAUCAACAGUAUUGCAUGAUUUAUGUUGGAACAAUUUUGCAACUGAUUCACAUUGUACUGAAUUAGUUUGUGUGUCUCUUUAAUUUUAAAGCAGUUGCACACUAUCUUUUAAUUUGAUGAAUGUAAAGAAGGAAAAUAUUGGACAAAAAUAUAAAUUUGCCCAAAGACUAUAUACAUAUAUGUGUUGCAUACAGAACUAUUUUUGGCCAAAUGCAAAUUCCACCAACCAUGUAGUGUUGCCUUCAUCUUCUAUUUCUCCCUAUUUAGUAGCACUGGCUGAUCUAUGCACUGAGUAACAUGGCCUCCGAGGUGUAAUGUAAUAUUAUCUUUGCUCCUGCAGUUGAGUCCCAAAGGGCUAAUUGACUGUGCUGUGCCAGUCAGUCUGUCAAUCACAGCUAGACAGGUAAACAUCAUCAAAGCAGCCCUAACUGUAAGCCCUGAGCGAGGGUGAACUUUGACACCAGCUAACACUGUAACAUGCAGCAAAGACCACGAGGCCACUCUCAUUUUCACAUCAAAAACAACUAUCUCCCCAAAGGUCAUUGUUAGUGCAGAACACACUACUACGCUCAGUGAUGUUUAUCUCAGAAUGUCUUCAAUGAUCAGAAUGAAUCAUAUAACAGCAUGAUUGGGUGUGCUACGAAAGCUUUGUUGUUUGUUAGAUGAAUGUUUGUAUCAAUAAAUUAUCACGGAAA